AUGUCUGACACCUUCGACCGUGCCGCCUUCGAGCGCCAGCUUGGAACCUCCCGCGCCACUCCUGUCAUAUCUCCUACUCAAGACUCUGACACCAUCUACCACUUCAAGAGAACGCUCGGCAAGUCUGGCCUCAAGGGCGAAGACUUUGUGGUCGACCCGUUCCAACACUACCACAUCCUGGACUGGAUUCAAGCUGUCAAGAAGGACAACGACGGCGUUUCUCAUGACGAAGAUGAUGGUGUCCUAUCCGAGACGCCUGGCACUCCCCAUGAGGCCGCUGAGCAAACUACCAACAACCUUGAUUUCUUCAGCCAGAGUCCGGUCGACCAGUACGGUCGUCUUGUCAAUGUUCCCACAGCUGCUCCCAACACCGGCAUCGAUACUGACCCUGGUCCAUCCCACUUCGAUAAUCGUCCAAGCGAUGAUGCGGAUGACGAGGCAGAGUCAAGCAGCGACCUUGAGCCUUUCUCCGAUAGAUUUGUCCCCACAGGCCAACCCAUUCCGGUCCCUUGCACACUGUUCCUCAGUCCCAGUGAGGAGCUGGCGCCAUCCGGCGAAGAAGGUGGUGACGAGACCCAGGAAGAAGAUGAGUCUGACGUUGAGAACGUGCAGAAUGGCGAGCACUACAUCAGAGAGAUCGUGAUUAUCCACGGCACAGACUCCGAGCCAGAUGAUGACAGUACUCACUACAUCCGAGAGAUCACUCCCCCCAGACGUUCCAACAUCGAGCUUGACGAUGUGCUUGGGCUCAUGGACGAGGAUGACUACUCUGAUCUCCCAGACUACGAGGACUUCGGUGCGCAGGUUGACUUCAACCACCAGGAACCCGCCUAUGAGUACGCUGUCGAGCCGGUCGUCCCUCCCCCCGGUCCAUACGAGAUCUACCAGGUUCCUCCUCACACGCCGAUCGCGCUUCGCCGCUUGGAAAAGCACCAAACCAUGCUGUCUUCGGCAGAGAAGAAUUACCAAUCGGUCAACAACGUUGUCACCACCGUUCCUGAGCUCAUCACUACGAGAGCCAACAGCAAGAAGCGCUCCGCAUCUGAGGCUCGCACGCCCCGCUCUGCCGUUGAGGCUGCCAAGCGCUCUCGCCUAGACUGCAUCGAAGCGUCGCGCCUUCUUGACCAGCUUGACGACCACAUCGAGAACGAGCUGUCUCGUCUCAACUCGCCAGUCCCCUCGGUCGAGUCCGAUCUCACACCGUGCACUCCCAACUUCGCCGCAUACCCAGGACAGUUCACAGCCAUCACCAGCGACUACCUUGGUACACGUGGCAUUGGUCAAUCCUACUACGUCUACGGGGACCCCACCGGUGCCAACGCCAACGGCAUGUAUGCCAAUUCGGCAUUCUCCAAGGCCCCCCGCAAUGGCAGCAUCGACCUGGCUGCGCGCUUCGCCGCCGGCGACCGCCUCACGCGCCGUGAGCAAGGCAUGCUCACGAACCUCGAGCUCAAGAGCGACUUGGCCUCUGCCGCGCACGUCGCUGCCCAGCGCAGCGGCGAGCAAGCCUUCAAGCGCGUGCAGGUGCACUACGAGGCUGCGAUCGCGCGCCUCAACGGCGUGGCGGUGGGCCAGCACCGUUACGAGAAAGGCCACAUGACGGUCGAGGAGUACGUCGAGGCGGGUGUUUGUGUGUGCUGGGCUCCGUGUGCCUGUGUUGCGUUCUGCGGUCGCUUCCCAGACAUGAUGUGCCCGUGCAACGAGCACAUCGUGCUCGACGACGAGUAG